AUGGGCUCGAACAUCUAUGGCCUCCUCUACGUCCCUGACCUUACAUCCGAACCCUGCAGAAAUGCCUCCGCGCGCUACGUACCGGAGACUGCCACGCGACGAGCGAACCUACCCGGUUACAACAGGUACUUUCUCACAGCACUGGUGCCGUGGUUUUCGCCAGAAUGUAUGCUUGAGUACCUCCGAGCCGCAGACCAGGACGAUGUGGCCUCGAUGAUCACCUACCUGACCGACGAGAGCAUGAACAGCACAAUGCAACCGCCGCCGAUGCGGGACUCGCGCUGGGACUUGAGAGACGGAGGUCAGUGGAAGAGCGCGAGUCGUUAUCCGGUAUUCGCGAUACCAGGCUUGACCGGAUAUACUCUCAUGCAGCAGACGGCAGCAUACUCUGGCAACCUGAGCAGCGUGCCGUUUGGAGACGAGUUGAUUCGGAAGUAUCCGAGGGCCGAUCAUGCGAGACUAUAUGCUGAAGUGCGGACAUCCGGUAACCGUACCACUCUCCCAACUCUCUGGGUCUUCCUACUCGUAGUGCUUGGUCUCCUACUUGUCGUCAUCGGGUUCUCUUCGCUCGUUAUGCACUUCUUACAACGCCGACGGCGUAGUAUUCUUCGCCGGCGCAUCAUAGCCGGAGAAGUUGACAUCGAAGCGCUUGGUUUGAAAAGGAUGACCGUGCCGCAAGAGGUGCUUGACAAGAUGCCGGUGUACACAUAUUCGGGACCAUCAGUUGUGGAGCCCCAAAGAUCAGAUAGCGCAGCGAAAGAGCUGGACAACCCUGCGCCGAACACGAAUACGACCACUCCGCCGACGCCCACAAACACCACAGCUUUCACUCAACCGACAUGCCCGAUCUGCCUGGACGACUUCGACCACACGACGCAGGUCCGUGAACUACCUUGCCGCCAUAUAUUCCAUCCUGACUGCGUCGACUCCUUCCUCUUGACCCUCAGCUCCCUCUGUCCGAUGUGCAAGAAGUCUGUCUUGCCACCCGGAUACUGCCCAGCUACGGUCACGAACGCGAUGGUGAGGCGUGAAAGGAUGAUGGGACGGCGCCGUGCUGCUGCCAACGCUGCUCCAUUUUCUGGCACCAACCCCACAUCGGCUCUUUUUGGACGCCGGCAGAGUCAGGGCGCAGUAAGGAGAGUGUCAAUACCGCCACGUACGCUCAACUUCUUUGCCGGCAACACGGGCGGGCGACGGAUAUCCAGCGCCCCGGAGGCGGGAGGCAUUGAAAUGAGAUCACAAUCGUCGCAGCCUCUCCCAUCGACGGCGGAAGGCGUACCGCCACCAGAGCCUCCACCUCCGCUGAAUACACAGAGAAGGCGAGAUUGGGCGAGACAGAGGGCAGCCGCUCUAGUCGGGCCAAGAGCGACAGCUGAGAACGAUACUGACGCAGGGGAUAGGACGAGACCGAAGUGGAAGAAGGCUUUAAGCCGGAUAUUCCCGGGCAUUGUAUGA